ACACGGACACGUGACGUUCAUUUAUUCGCUGCAAACUGAUUAGGUAGCCGCUGCAUGGCAAUGCAUCGGUGCGGCUCCGCUCCAUGGUACUGUCCUUGAAUAAGUGUUUUCCCUCAAAACAAGCACGGUUGUGCAAUCUGUAGAUAGCCCAGCAAAUUUUCGUGCAAUCCUCACAAUUUGGAUGUUGCGGCUAGCCGGGUUCAGGCUGGACUUGGGAGCGCCCGGCCAAGCAAGCGCGCUUGGCGCACAUCGCUUGUGGCGGGCGAGGCCGAUUCUGUUGCAUGUGGGGCUGCGGGUCACGUUUCCGGAUACUUCUCGGGUGUCCUUUCCGGCCGCUGUUGGAGGUUUCCAUCCACCUUUCGGUGCGUCGGGCCGUUGGGUUCUGUCCGUCUGUCGGGGUCUCUCGGUGGCCCCCGUCUGCAGCCACACCGCGGAAGACAUGUAUAUCCACCGUGGAACAAAAGCAUGCGUAUCGAAUUGGAGCUAAAGUGGCGCGAGAAAAGCCACGGGACUUGGGAUGGCACUAUCGCCAUUCGCCACCGAAAAAGAGGCAAGGAAAACACGUCCUGGCCCCAAAGAAAGAAACACGCCGCAGACGUGGACCGGACCGCGGGUCAGUGCGACGCCCGGCACCCCACACCCGCAGAUCCCACAAAAUCGUCCUCCGCGACGCACUGAACCUAGCUCUACUCUCCUGACCCUGGGCGGCCGCCAUGGGCUCCUACCACCACAGCUCCGCCUCGCAGUUCUUCUUCGCCGCCGGCGACCCCGGCCCCGGCCCCGGCCCCGCCGCGCGCAAGCCCGCCAGAACCGUGCGGAUCCCCGUCACCACGCCCCAGGACGCGGCGGCCGCCAGGAUCCAGGCGGCGUUCCGGAGCCGCCGGGUCCGGAGGCACGUCUCGGCCGUGCGCGCCGCCGACGCCGAGGCGACGCGGCUCGAGCGGCUGCUCCGGCGGCAGGAGACCGUGGACGCAGUCCGCGGCGACGACCGCGAGCGCGCGCGCUUCUCGGAGGCGCUCAUGGCCGUGCUGCUCCGCCUCGACGCCGUCCCGGGCCACGACCCGGCCGUGCGGGACGCGCGGCGCGCCGUCAGCCGCCGCGUCGUCGGCCUCCAGGAGGUGUUCGACUCCGUGCUCGCGGCGCCCGAGGCCAGCACCUACGGCGUACCGGCGAGCCUGGCCCAGGUUCUCGAGGGGAUCUGGGGCGUCGGAGAGGCGCCGGCUGCGCCGCCGCCGGCACCGGCCGCGGAGGAGGAGGCGAGGAGGAGUGGAUGGGGCAGGUUUUUCGGGGUGCUUUAGCGCGCUCCCGUGACCGUGAGAUCGCAGUACACCAAGUAUAAAUACGUGUAUUUCGUGGAUGCUUACAAUUACCAUCGUAGUAUACCAAGUGGUACAGUGAUGAUAUAUGAACAUGGAACGAAUACCUACAGUGAUAUACAUAUAUAUAUAUACUCUACUUGCUGCCUUGCUGGUGCCUGGUUGCAUUUGGGCUGGGGAUUUUGUUUGA